AUGCAAAAGAUCAGCAUGAUUGACAACGAAGYACCUAAGAUGCUUCCCGCGAAGAAGAAACCGGUCAAAUCUGCUCCUGCAGUCAAAGCUCCACAACAGCCAGCAGGACAAGCCAAGGCUCCAGUGAAGAAACCCGUUAUUGGCACGCCGCAAGAAGCGACUACCACUAAACCUGCAAGCAGGUCGGUUCCCGCCAAGGCACCGGUCAAGGGAGAUGAAGCGGCCGUUAAAAAGCCAGCGAAAGCUCCGGUCAAGGCAUCUACGGCUCAAGGUACUGUCAGCAAGGAGUCAAAACCGGUCAAGGCGGCAGGAGAAGCACUUCCUGCUCGUAGGAAGCCUGUGCCUCCAGAAGUAAGGCCGCAGAACAAGAAGCCAGCAGCGCCGAGCGCAGGUACGGGAGCCCCAAACCAUGCGACAGACAGCAAGGCAGCUCCUGCGGCUAAAAGGCCCAACAAGGCAGGAUCUGGAGCUACAAAUACAGCUGCGAAUGCGGCAAAAAAUGUCGGUGGAACUGCACAGGGUGUGUUCAAAGACGUGUCCGGCACUGCCAAUGGAGCGGCUGGCAACCUCGCAAAGACCGGGAAGGAAACAGCAGGUGCUGUGAAACGAGGCGACGUUAAGGGUGUCGGUACAGGUCUGGUUAAGGGCACGGGUGCUACCGUCGGAGCUGUUGGCCAAGGCGCUGGAGCGACGGUGUCCGGGGUGGGGAAGGGAGUGAAUUCCACAGUCUCUGGACUCGGUCGCAACGUUGGCAAUACCGUCGGCGGACCCGUCGGAAAGACCGUGGGCGAUACGACUGGGAACCUCGGCAAGACGGUCUCUUCCACGACAUCAGGAUUAGGCAAGACUGUUGGCGACACGACUAGCGCAGUCGGAAGAGGCGACAUCAGUGGAGUUGCUGCAGGAGCCACGGGUGGAGUUGGAUCAACCGUUUCCGGAGCCGGCAAAGGUGUCGGUGGCACAGUCGAAGGCCUUGGGAAAAACGUCAGUGGGUACGUACCUGGGCGAGCUGGGGGCACUGUCGAAGGCCUUACGAAGGGUGUUGGCGGUACAGUAAGCGGCGUGACAGGCGGACUCGGUGAAGGCGUGACGAAGCUCGGAAAGGGCGAUGUUGUUGGAGGAUUAACUUCCACGGUCGGUGGAGUUGGAAAAGGUGUGGGAAGCCUGACACAGGGCGUCUGGGGAGGUGUCAGCGGAGGAAAUCGAAAGCAGAAAGCUCCCGAACCAGCAGWGGAUGAAAAUAAGGCGGGAGAGGAGAGCACUGCCGAUAAAGGGGACUUUUUCUAG